AUGUGCACCUCUAUCCCUGUGUCCGUGUGUUCGAGCCUGUCUCCGUCUGGGCUCUGUGGGUCCAAGCCUCUCUGUUGUUCAUCUCUAAGGGUGCACCCUGGUCCUUGCCUCUGUCCCCGUCCAGCCUGGGGCCCCCUCCUCCAUCCUGCGCGGCCGCCCCCGGGAGCCGCAGCCUGCUCCCCUCCCCCAGCUCCGAGCACCAGGCUGCUGCGUCUGGUCUGGCGUCUGAGAAGGAAAAGGAGCGGCUGCCACCGUGCGGCAGCCGCGGCGCCGUCCAGACCCAGAGCUGAGUCGGGCCGGCGCUCCCAGCCCUGCUCUGCCGCAGGCCGAGGGUUAGGGCCUCCGGGGUCCCAGCUCCCACGGAGGUCACCGAGGUACCGUGGGGCUUUGCGUGCAGGGCGGGGCAUGGAGUCCCUCUUCCCUGCCCCGUUCUGGGAAGUCCUCUACGGCGGCCACCUGCAGGGCAACCUGUCUCUCCUGAGCCCCAACCACAGCCUGCUGCCCCCGCACCUGAUGCUCAAUGCCAGCCACGGCGCCUUCCUGCCCCUCGGGCUCAAGGUCACCAUCGUGGGGCUCUACCUGGCUGUGUGCGUCGGGGGGCUGCUGGGGAACUGUCUCGUCAUGUAUGUCAUCCUCAGACACACCAAGAUGAAGACAGCUACCAACAUUUACAUCUUUAACUUGGCCCUGGCGGACACUCUGGUGCUGCUGACCCUGCCCUUCCAGGGCACAGAUGUCCUCCUGGGCUUCUGGCCAUUUGGGAACGCCCUGUGCAAGACGGUCAUCGCCAUUGACUAUUACAACAUGUUCACCAGCACCUUCACGCUGACUGCCAUGAGCGUGGACCGCUACAUAGCCAUCUGCCACCCCAUCCGUGCCCUUGACGUCCGGACAUCCAGCAAGGCCCAGGCUGUCAAUGUGGCCAUCUGGGCCCUGGCCUCUGUUGUCGGCGUUCCCGUUGCCAUCAUGGGCUCGGCACAGGUUGAGGAUGAAGAGAUUGAGUGCCUGGUGGAGAUCCCCACCCCGCAGGACUACUGGGGCCCCGUGUUUGCCAUCUGCAUCUUCCUCUUCUCCUUCAUCAUGCCUGUGCUCAUCAUCUCCGUCUGCUACAGCCUGAUGAUCCGGCGGCUGCGAGGCGUCCGCCUGCUCUCAGGCUCCCGCGAGAAGGACCGGAACCUGCGGCGCAUCACGCGUCUGGUGCUGGUGGUGGUGGCUGUGUUCGUGGGCUGCUGGACGCCCGUGCAGGUCUUCGUGCUGGUCCAGGGGCUGGGCGUGCAGCCGGGCAGUGAGACUGUGGUGGCCAUUCUGCGUUUCUGCACGGCCCUCGGCUACGUCAACAGCUGCCUCAACCCCAUCCUCUACGCCUUCCUGGACGAGAACUUCAAGGCCUGCUUCCGCAAGUUCUGCUGCGCGCCCACCCUGCGCCGGGAGAUGCAGGUGUCAGACCGCGUGCGCAGCAUCGCCAAGGAUGUGGCUCAUGCUCGCAAGACCUCUGAGAUGGUGCCACGGCCGGCAUGACUAGGCGUGGACCUGCCCAUGGUGCCUGUCAGCCCGCAGAGCCCAUCCACACCAAACACGGAGCUCACGCAGGUCACCGCUCUCUAGGCAGACGUGCAGCUGCGCAUCACCAGCCUCCACGGGCCACCCUGUGGCCUUGGAGGGUCUGGUGACAUCACGGGACGGGUCAGAGCAUUAGGGCUGCCCUCCUAGUGGAGGGCGGGGAGGGGGUGCAGGACUCACUGGUGAGCAUGCCCGGCACUGCCAAGCUUCAUGGACCGUCCUGGCCUCUCCCCUGCUGCAUCCGUCUCCGGGUGGGCACACAGCCGGAAGCGUGACAGCGGCUGUACAGUCCCACGUGCCCUCGUGCUGUGUGCUGUCUGCAUGGACCCUUGCAGUGUCUCCUCUGGGCAGCUGGAUGGGCCUGGCGCCGCCUGGAGAGUCCAGGGGGCAUCCCUGGGCAGUGGGACUCGCCCUGAGAGUGGAACUCCUUAGGAGGCUUCUCAGCAAGCCUGUUCCCUCCAGGACACGUGAACUGUUGCGCCGCAGACGUGGCCGUUCAGGUUUGCGAGGCGGUCAGGAGGACCGCCGCAGGCCACCCUGUCAUUUGUGAAGCAGCCCCACGUGCCUGGCCUCAGCUGUGGGGUGGGGAGGGCUCUGUGGUGCUCUGUCUGGGUUGCCUGGGCCCCCCUCGGGCUGUCCCUCGAAGCCCUCCUUUCAGACUCCAUCAGAGGUCAGCGGCUGUGCAGCUGUCAGGACCGUGUGUCCUGCUUGGGUCCUGGUGGCCUUGGAAGGAAGCCAGUUGGGACAGGUUCGGCCCUGCACCCCCAGUGACUGACGCCCUGCUUCAUUUCAAGCCCCCAGUUACCUGUGGGGGAAGCCUGAGCUUCCCAGUCAGAGGCGGCUUCGUAUGCAGAGUUGGAAGGAGAGCUGGGGCUGGCAGACCUGCUUGAGGGAGGCUGCAAGGACCAUCUGAGCCGUGGGGACCCUGCCCGCUGUGACCAUCCAGAGAAGUACCCUCCCAGUUUGCAGAUGGAGGCUGCAGCUCGGUGACUUGGCCAGCGUUCUCCCUGCAGACAAGCUGCUGAAACAUCUGCAGUGGUAGAGCUGCCUCUACCUGCUAGCUGAGCUGCAGACCUGGCCAGGUGAGCUGAGGCACCUGGAAAGUGGAGGAGGAGGUGCUGACUCUGGACUGGCCUCUCCUGCUUUGGGGACCCUGGCCUUGUGGGGUCGUCCUUGGGGAGGACGGGGCUCUGUCCGUGCUGCCAGCAGCGGGAGGCUCUGAGGACCGGAGCCACUA